AUGGCGUACGAACGCGAAGACUUACGGAGGUCAGGCGGCGCAGCGUUCUUGAUGGGCCGGUCAGAGUCCGUUCGGCAAUUGGGAAGGCUCAUUGAACACGUCGCCACUGUCGAUCCCGGCCCUGUCCGGCGCAAGGUUCCUCUUGUCGUUGUCGACGAAUUCACGGAGAAUGGCAACGCGAACGUCAAAGGGGAUCGCAAAUGGGAUGUUGUAGAGGAUCCGCAGGCGCGGGGAAAGGUAGAGGGCUCGUUGAUUACUCAGAGGCUACAGCGUGAACGCAAUGUCCAACCAUUGCCUCGAGAACGGGGCGUAGACUCCGGCCUAACGUCUGCGGAUGAGUAG